AUGCAUAAAAAAAGAUGGCGCCGUUCAAAAAAUAAUUUAGAAGAAGGCGAAUUGAGCGAUUCCGAAAGUUAUUCAUCGUGGUCAUCAACUUCCACAGCAAUUUCGGUUUCAUCGUCAUCAUCAUCAAAAGCCGCUUCCAAAAAACACAAAAGACGCCCGAAGAAGAAAAGAUAUAAGAAACACCCUCGCGAACAUAAAAAAUCGAACAGAAAACUUCCAAAUUCACUCAAAAACCCUCAAGCGGAACCAGCUUUCUUGCUAAAUAACAAUCUUUCUCAGUCCGUCAUAAAUCUACCAAAUCAUUUUCUUCACGAAGGGAACUGCCUAUCCCAGCUACAAUACCCAAUCUAUCCCCAACAUUCCAAUCCCAUUCUAUCUCCGGAAAAUCUCAACAGGGUGACGGCCAUUGUCGGCGAAACUAUAAGCGCAACUUUGACAAACACUUUGAAAAGUAUUGCCAGUGCACUUCUACAAAACUGCCUAUCCUCUAACAACUCUAACAAUCCUUCAAUAAAUGCUCUUUCUAGUCUCAAAUUUUGGAAUAAUUUCAACUCUACACUAAAUUCUUACAUCAACGUUAACAAUAGUAACGUAAUUAGUAACACAAACAGCAUUAGUAACAGUGUUAAACAGACAAAUUUCUCGAAACCGACUAAAAGUUGGUUACCAAGACCACCUCAUGUUCCGAGCAACAAUUCCAAAUAUACUCCUUACAAAUCAACAAAUGCAGAGCUUGCGAGCUUGCAUAGCAAGAACAGAAGCAGAAGAAUCGUAAACAGUGUCGGUAUCGAACCGUACGAAUUCGGUAAUCAAGUCGAUUUCUCGGUAAACUUCGGUAAAGAAUGGCUAUGUAACGAUAGAAACAUAGAACGAUACGGUAACUCGUGUCACAUACCAAAUAACGACAACAAAAAAGUAAAUGACAUCAACAACAACAAUUUCAGCAGCAAAAAUAAUGACAUCAACAACCACAUAGUAAAACAGAACGAUGGCGUCAAAAGGAUAAUGAACGAGAAGAAGAAAAAUUAUAGCUGCGACAACAACAACAACGACGGCAAGGAUAGCAAUAUAAUUAAUAGUGACAUCAUCAACAACAUUAACUACAACAGCAAAAACAUCAACAACAUCAACAAAACCGGACAUACCACAGCCAAGCGAAACUCAUUAAAUCCUAAUAACUUUCAAAUAGUUGAUCAAACUGACAAGAACGAAUUAGGCAGCCAACAACAUCAACAUCAACAACAACAACAAAAACAUCAACAACAACAUCAACAACAACAUCAAUCUAUAAAGCAUCAGCCUUUUUUACAUCAGUUAAAACAACCACAAAAACAUCAACAAUUGUAUUAA